AGGGUGUUUUUCAACUACCAUUUUACUGUUGCUUAGUAUUGAUGAUCUAAACAGAAGUUAUGAGUAGACAAAAGCUAAUUAAGAUGAUUUGAUGUCUAAAAAGUUACGAACAGCUACGGCGCGAGCCAGAAACUCUUGAAAUUGUCCCGCAUAUCAUCUGGCAUUUCCCCAUCAUUCACAAAGGUGAUGCAAUGUUGUAUUUACAGCAUGUGUUUAGGGAAAAAUUUGUAUUGAAUCAAAGAAAAACCAGUGGGGUGCAUUUAAGUGAAAUAAGUUUCAUUCCUGGGUGUGUGUUUAGUGUACAUCAGUAUUUUUUUUUGUUAAAGUUCUUCCACUCAUUUGCAGUUAUUCUCUGAUAAUUAUUGAUGUUAUAUUCUGUAUAAGUUUCAUGCUUCAUGGGUAAUAGAUCCCUAAGGUGUUUCUGGAAUAAUUUGUGAGCACAUGUUCCAUACUUAGGAUACUCAAGUUUACAUCUUUUAUAUCUGUUGUGACACAUUUGAAACACCAGACUGUGAUGUUUCAAAUGUAUGGUCUGAUUUGUGAAGUCUUUGAAGUGAAAUUGUGCUCAAAAGUGAUAAUUAACAGUCUUUGUUAUCAGGAAAUGCACCCACAGCAGGUUUUUUGGUCUGUACUUUUUGUCUACAUAAACUGUGUGUUGCUAAUGCAUUAGUGGCUUUUGAAGGCCAGAUCAUUCAAGAUCAAGCUGGCCAAGCCCAUUUUUUGUGGACAGGUUUGGUACUUGAAAGGGACACUAGCUAUGACUGGUGUAGGGGAGCAGCACCCCUUCAGGUAGCAGCUCUGGUAGCAGGUAGAAGGAGGAAGCUGUUCACUUGAGGGCCUAGCGAGUCUGCCACUGCCUUCAAGAUACCUACCAUGAAUUACAGCUACAGAGCAAUAUUGGUGCACCUGUUCCAGCAAAAUACAACUUCUUUGGCUGCCUUUGGUGACUGCCUGCUAGACAUAUUUGGAUACAAAGAUAUAAAUGGAUUGGUUGCAAUCAAACAAGAUAUUGAGAAUGAUGCACUUCUUAUCAGGAAGGCUCACUCAGAUGCUGGCAUAGAACUGAAAAAGGAUGGCUGGACAGCUUCUAUUCUUCAACACAACACAUGCUGUCCUGUGCUGUACAUGACGCCGCGCGUGCGCAGCUCGCUGCCGCCGGAUGUGGCCGGCCGCGGCGUCAACGUCGGCAUCUGCGUGAUAGUCGAGAGCGCCGACCAAGCCGUGCUGCUGUCGUGCCGCGCUGCGCACAUGCGCACGUUCGCCGGCGCCUGGGUCCCGCCCGGCGGGCACAUCGAGGCGGGCGAGACGAUCACGGCCGCUGGCCUGCGCGAGCUGUUCGAAGAGACGGGCCUGGACCUGCGCAACUCUCACCUGGUCGUGGACACUCUCGGCCUCUGGGAGUCGGUGUACCCGCACCUGCUGAGCGCCGGUGACCCGCGCCGCCACCACCUCGUCGUCUAUCUGCACGUGGUGGUGCCCCAGCCGGCCGCCCAAAUUCUCACACGUCUCAAGCUGGAUUCGGAGGAGGUGCAGGCCGCCAUGUUCUUGACCAAGGAGUUCGUUUCAAACGUCGUCUCCAGCGACUCGACGCUGCAGCAGGGUCCACCCGAGUCGUAUGAAGUACUGGUGGUGGACGAAGAGCAAGAGUCGGGUCAGAGCCUUAUGACGAUCGACGCCACGUCUGUGUAUCAGCGCGCCACCGUCUGCCGUCGCGACGUGGCGUUCAAGUCGGAGCGCGUCACUUUCGGCACCCACUUCGCGCUCGAGCGCUGGCUGGACAAGGCGCGCCGGCGCGCCGGCCUCUCCCAAUUGUGACGCCCAGCACUGUGACGUCACACCAGCCGUGGGGGUGGCCGCGGUUGUCCCGCCGUGGGGUCGCUCACUUCCGCGUGGGUGCCGCGCAUGUCGUUCACUGGGCGUCACCUGUUGUUAUCGUUUAUGGUUAUCCGUCAUGGCUCGUGGCUGGUUAGCCAUUGUGGGCAUCACAGGCAUCUGCCACUAGUGGUAUUGUGCAUCAUGUGUGGCGUGUUACCAACUGUAGGUGUCAUCUAUGGCUGUUCACCUCGUGCUCUGAACAUGCCGGUGAUUUUUGUCUUUGACAACACCGUUUGAACUCCGUCUUUUAUAUCAUUAGAUGACGCAGCGUUUUGGAUGGAAAUGAUCCAUUUCUGAAGGUCGUUGUGGAUCGAUCGGUUUCGCCAAUGUACAACCAUUUAUCGGGCCUGCUUAUCAUUGUGCAUCAUAUGGAUAAUUCAUUGAAUCAUGCUGUGAGUAUCCUUAAUGGUGGAUGUGGUGAUCGACCAUAUUAUGGUGCACUGGUUAUUGUGUAUUAAAAGCGGCAUACGUUGUCGUAUUAUAUGGGUUGAACAUCACCCCAUCAGACCGUAACGUGAGCAUUUACGGCCUGCCGCUAUCUCAUGCGUAUAACAUAUUCCAAUUUUAAAUGUGCCCUCUGCCAGUAAUGUCAAUCUCACCUUCUCCCAUGUUUUGGGGUUUGUGCAUAGGCCACUUUUGUCGCACAGAGGCCACUCUUAUCGAUCAUUAGUCUAUGACACUGGCGUUCAGUACAAGCACCUCACCAUGGUGGUUUGUGGUGGUGCCGUGGGUAUGCCUCCUGCACUGUCGUGGUUGAGUGCCUUUGUCAGCUGCCUGGCUCCCCACCUACUUAGGCGUGCGUCGGCUCGCACCAGGGAUCAUACGAGGGGAGCACGCCAACCUGGACAUGUAUUGCGGCUAAUUUAGACGGGCGUGCGUGCCCCACCCGUGUGGUCGUGUUUGUUGAAGUACUGUUCAGUUUGUCUGGUAGCCUGGGUUAGCACGCUGAAUAUGCAGUUCGUGGGCUGCGCCCAGCUGUUUGAAUUUUCAGGUAAUACAUUGGCUGUGAUGCCAACCACA